AUGCCGAUCCCUACCGCCUCAUGUUGGACUAUCCGUAUCCGACGUUAUGUGCGAAGACGGAACUUCAUCUUCCAUACCCUUUGGUUGCAGAAGUUGGGAUUCAAGUGCUUGACCACCAGGUUUAAGAUGGAUCAAGGUGAAGACAUUCCACAGCAGCCACAAUAUUUUCUUAGAUUGCAGGAGGAACAAAUGAUUGGUCGGGUUUUAAAAAUAUUUUUCCAUUCGUUUUGGUUCAUAAAGUUGUUGGAGUUUCUGAAAGUGCCUUCCAACUUUUCUACGGAAGUUCUAGCUUAA